ACUCAUUUCCCAAAUGUCUCGAAUGCUAAACCGUAAGCUAUGUUCACCACACUCACAACCAAUCCUAAACUAAUACAAUCACACAAACAUAUACAUACACACCAAUCGCAUUUUGAACACUAGGAAUAUUUAUUUGACUUACUUUACGUGAAAAAAAAGCUACAACAAAAUCGAUUUGUCUCUACUUCAAACGGGGUACGAAAUUUUCUGUGGUGCAGUUGUAACGGUGAAAAAAAAAUUCAGUGAGUCAAAAAUCAAAAGCAAUAAGCUUACGGGGAUAGUUUGAAACGACAGAGAAAAGUAAAGAAAGAGACACAAACAGAUAUAUCAAAGAGAGAGAGAGAGAGAGAGAGAGAUUUUGUCGUGCAAUCUUUUUUUGGCAUUUAAGUUUUUUUACGGAGAGAGAGUGUUUAUGCAAAAAUGCAGCAAUUUGAAAAUAACGAAUACGAUGGGUACGAAUACGAUCCAAAGCAAAGAGCGCCUCCACAGAAGUUUCAAGUUCGGCCUCGUGUUGAUCCCGAAGCUGAGGGUGAAGUCGAUCCAGAAUUGUACCCGCAAGCAAAGGAGUCAACUCAUAAGAUUCGUGGACGAUCUGAUAUUAUUGAAAUGAUUUUCGGUACCGUUGAUCAAGAGCUGCUAUUUGUGAAAACAUUUUAUUUCUUCUUUUAUUCGGCAUUCGGUUCUCUGUUUCCAUUGAUGGGAGUUUACUUCAAGCAAAUGGGUAUGAAUCCGUUGCAAGGUGGUUUCUUGAUUGGAUGUCGUCCGUUUGUUGAAUUUUUAUCGGCGCCAUUCUGGGGCUCAUAUGCGGAUCGCUGUAAAAAGGGAAAAAUGCUGUUGCUUGCCUCGUUGACAUCUUGGAUUCUAUUUACACUACCCAUUGGAUUUAUUCAACCCCCGGCUACGAGUUGUGUUAAAAUAUACAAUUCCACAGAGUUUAGAUUAUCUGAUCCACAAGUGCCAUCACCACGUAUUCAUAAGCGUUCAACAGAAGAACAGUCAUCAGACUCAUUGAGCGGAUUAAAUGAUGCUUUGACUGCAAUUACCAACAAUAUCAACAACAACCAAAAUGAUACACUAAAACGAACACGAAGAGCUGCGCCUUGGGCUGGUGCUGGCAUUUCUCCCAUCUCCGUUAACUAUGCUACCAAUUACAAUCCGAAAAAGAACAAAAACUGGGUGUCACCACUGUUCUCUUCCAUUGUAUACACAUACGAUGACAUCCAAAAGGCUUUCUUCUUGCUAUUUUUAUUGAUUGUAAUCGGUGAAUUCUUCAGUGCACCGGCAAUUACAUUGGCUGAUUCGGCUGUUAUUACAUUGCUUGGCGAAAAUGUCGAUAAAUACGGUCAUCAACGUAUGUUUGGCUCGUUGGGCUGGGGUUUGGCGAUGUUCUUUGUUGGCAUUGCACUCGAUCAUUCAACAGCAUUUCCAAAUCAUCCAUGCGAUCCGGAAAAACAAGAGAAAAAUUAUGCCAUUUGUUUUGCCACAUUUUCCGUUUUAAUGGGAGCUGCACUCUUAACAGCAACACAAAUUACAUUCAAAUAUGAUGAAUCGGGCGAUUUGGAAGCGGCUGAAAAGGGACCCGAACAGAAAACAUCGUACGAAGAUGAUGAAAUGCAAAAUCAACUGGCUGAACAAUUGCAAUUGCCAUCAUUGGCAGCUGGACCACGUGGGGGUGGUGUACAAGUGCAUCAGGAACCGCCUGCACUCGGUGCUGAAACGAAAAUUUUUGCCCAAACCACACGUGAAAUUCCCGAAUGGAUUACAGUCCUUAGCCAUUUUAAAGACUUGAAACGUGCCUCUAUUUUAUUUAUUGCUUUUUUCAUGGGUUUCGGUAUUGGACUUAUAUUCACAUUUCUAUUUUGGCAUCUACAAGAUUAUGGCGGUUCACCGACAUUGUUCGGCGUUGCGUCUGUUAUCAAUCACAUAUCGGAGAUUUUUGCCUACUUCUUUAGUUUUCGAUUGAUCACACAAAUCGGACAUGUUAAAGUAUUAUGUCUUGGACUGAUUGGAAAUAUUUUACGAUUUUUGUACAUCUCCUAUUUGACAAAUCCAUGGUAUGUUUUGCCAUUCGAAUUUAUGCAAGGAAUUACUCAUGCUGCUGUUUGGGCUGCUUGUUGUUCAUACAUUUCACAUAAUACACCACAACAUUUACGUUCAUCGGCUCAAGGUGUAUUGCAAGGACUUCAUCAUGGGCUGGGUCGUGGAUGUGGCGCUGUAAUUGGAGGUUUCUUCGUUCGUUAUAUUGGUACAACGGCCACCUUCCGCGGCUAUGGCAUUUUCUGCAUAUUCGUGUUGUGUGCUUUCAUAUUCAUUAAUUUCUAUCAUAAGGAACAUGGUUUCAUUACCGAUAUUCCACAAACUGAAGAUCCACACAAGGUGGCCGAAGAAACUUCUCACUUGGCACCGCACGGUGUACCAUCAAAUCCAAUACCGCGAGCACUAUCAAGUUCACGUUUGAAUGAUUUGCAAAAUCAAAACGGUUCGGAAACAUAUGGCACAUAUCAAACAAGUGGCGGUAACCUCGAUAUUCCCGGCACGAGAAAUCCAUUCCAAAAGUAAAAUCAGCAACAGCAAAUAAGAGCAGUGGUUAUUUCCUAAAAACACAUAUUAAAGAAAAUUUUGGUUCCAUUACACCGAACAAAGGGUUCCUUCAGACACUUUUAGCUAUUCAAAUGAUAAACAUCAAACCAACAUCAAGAACAAAAAAAAAAGAUUAUAUAAAAUCAAACACUGAAACAUAUGCAAACUACAAAAAAAAAA